UUACCCGAUUAAUUAUCCCUUGAGGGAGUACUCGAAGCCACACAAAGAGCCUCUACGAUAUGUUCAGAUACAGGGAACAUUCAGCUACACCGUGGCUGUGGGGACUACCAAAAAUUUUCCAGUUUCGAGUCCAUGAUUCCAGCUUUGACAUGCAGGCCAUGAGUCUGGCCAAGGCAGUUCAUCCGCAAUUUGUGCCCAGAUGCAAGUAUUAUGGAACUCUCGGUCAAUCCCGACCUCUCCACAUCUACAAGAUGGAGAAUCUUCCUGCGACAGCUUAUAUUAUAGCGCGCAACAUCUUCAUUACACGACCCCCCCGACGCUGUGUCCCGGCAGCGCAACACCGUGGGAGACCUAGCGAGUUUCUUUCGCGCAGUCAUGGAAUAGCAGUCGACGAUUAGAUCCAGACAGCAUGGCUACUCUGCUCGCGGAAUUUCAGGCCAAGUUUGACGUUCUU